UGUCAGAGCCAGUUCCUCCAUUUAAGAUGCUGACUUGUUUAUGUUGAAGGGACAAGUGAAUGACUUUUGUUGGCUCUUGCACUCUGUUUUGUAGCUCGUUUGAGGCUUUUUCUCUUAGCAUGUCUGCUUUGUUGCAGACGAAGAGAGCACAAAGUUUGUUUUGUCGCUGAUUUGUGGUUGAUCGAUAUCUUCAGAUAGCAGAGCGAGGGAGAGAGAGGAAGGUUGACUGACACACAGAGUGGUUUGAUAAGCAGGGUUUAGGUGUGGAGUUUAGUCUAGUCGAUGACUGGUAGGUGAGCAGCCCUCAGCCCCAGCAGCUCUUUCGUCCUGUGCCCGCUCUUGCUGUCCUGGGCACAUAAACACACAGAGGACACAGAGGAGAAAGAGGAGGAGGAGGAGCAGGGUCAACCAUGGAGCUGUAGGGACACGCUCAGAUGCCUGUGCGGAUCACCAGUGGAGGAGGAGUGCCGCUGAGGAGAAGAGCUGUGCAAUGAACAAGACCAAGAGAAAGCCCAAUGGAGAGAGCAGGAAGCUGGUCCAGCGCAGGAGGAAUACAUGUCCCAGUCCUCAGGACAUCGCCCGGGCCCUGCAGAGCCCCAGCUCUGCUCCCAGUGCCAGCGCUGCCAGCCUGGAUGAGCUCAUACAGCGCUGCCUAAACAGCUUCGAUUCAGAGGGGAAGCUUUCCAGCCCCAGAGGGUCCCAGCUGGUCCACAUGACCCUGAUGAUGCACAGUUGGGUCGUGCCAUCUCAGAUGUUCGCCCAGAAACUUCUCACCCUUUAUAAGGAUUGCCCCUUGGACAAGAGGGGACUGAAGCGGGCACAGAUCUGCCACCUUAUCAGGCAGUGGAUCAGCCAGUUCCCGGCGGUGUUCGAGGCAGACCCCCUUCUGGAGCAGACCAUGGGGGACCUGUGGGCCCUGGUGCGGUCAGGCGGAGAGAAGACGCACUCGCAGCUCCUUGACACCUCCUGCUUAGGCCCUCAUGGGAACAUAUUCCAGGCACCCUCGCCCUCUGUGAAGAAGAGGAAGGUGUCUCUGAUCUUCGACCACAUGGAGCCAGAUGAGAUGGCCGAGCACCUCAGCUACCUGGAGUUCAAGAACUUCUGUAACGUUUCAUUCCUGGACUACCGCAGCUAUGUGGUGCGAGGCUCGGUGAGGGACAACCCUGCUCUGGAGCGGUCGGUCAUGAUGUGUAACGGAGUCUCCCAGUGGGUCCAGCUGAUGAUCCUCAGCAGACACACGGCCCAGCAGAGAGCCCAGGUCUUCACUAAGUUCAUUCAUGUGGCUCAGAAACUUCGAGCUCUGCAAAACUUUAACACUCUAAUGGCAGUGACUGGAGGCCUCUGUCACAGCUCAAUCUCCCGCCUCAAAGACACCUCCAACCUGCUGACUCCUGACAUCACUAAGGCCCUGAGUGAGAUGACCGAGCUGCUCUCCUCGCGUAGCAACUACAUCAACUACCGGCGGGUUUACAACGAGUGCAGCGGCUUCAAGGUGCCCAUCCUGGGCGUCCACCUGAAGGAUCUGAUCUCCCUGAACGAGGCCCUGCCCAACUACAUCGACGAGGACAAGAUCAACCUGAGCAAGCUGCAGCACCUGUACAGCAACAUCAACGACCUGGUGGCCAUUCACACCUGCACGCCGCCCUUCGAGGCCAACAAAGACCUUCUGCAUCUGCUCACGCUCUCUCUGGAUUUAUACUACACUGAGGAUGAGAUCUAUGAACUUUCAUACACCAAGGAACCCAAGAACACAAAGAUCCAGAGGAGGGACAUGUGUGUGCUCUCUGUGGGUGUAACAUCUUCAAAACAAAAGCACAGGCUCGGUGCCGAAUACAUCAAAAUCAGCCACAUCAAAGCGCUGUACGUUAGGGAAGCGUGUUAUGUGCCUGUCGCUCCGGUUAAACCGCCCGUACUGGCAGAGUGGGGGUCAGGGGUCACCCCCAGGCUCGACCCUAACACCAUAUCUAAGCACGUCAAGCAGAUGGUGGAUUCCAUCAUGAAAAAUUACGACCAGAGCCAGGAUGGUUACAUUUCACUGGAGGACUUUGAGAAAAUAGCAGCCAACUUCCCCUUCUCCUUCUGCACUCACGAAACUGACAGGGAGGGACAAAUCAGCCGUGAAGAAAUCACCACUUACUUCAUGAGGGGAAUGUCUGUAUGUGCCAAGCUGGGCUACAACUUCAAGGCACAUAACUUCCAUGAAACCACAUAUAAACGGCCGACUUUUUGUGAGACUUGCAGAGGCUUUCUGUGGGGAGUCAUCAAACAGGGCUACCACUGUAAAGACUGUGGAAUAAACUGUCACAGACACUGUAGAGAUCUGGUGGGAAUAGAGUGCUUGAAGAAACACAAAAACACAACUGGGUCCUGCCCGUGCACCCCGGCCCCCGACUCAAGAACCAAGGGCAAUAACUGGAGUUCAGAGGAGGAGGCCUUCGUUUUCCCCCAAAGUAACGAGACAGAAAACAACCAAGGCACCUCUCCUUGGAAAAAUAACACCGGUGAUUCGACGCUGUCGGACCGCUCCACUCAGACAGACCCGGGGGUGUGGACGCCUGAGAAAAAGGACAAGAGUGGAAACCACCGCAACUCUCUUGUACAUACAUCCCCAGAGAGGAAGGUGAGACAGCACAUCAACACACUGCCACAGAGGACCCGAGGGUGCUCCAUGCCCGGCUCCUUCUUGCAGGAGAAAAUGGAGGAGCUGCAUCUCUACAAAGACAAGAGCAGAGAGCCAGACUGAGCGCUCCAUUUUCUAACAUUUCUCCCCUUAUGGACAAAAACAUUCCGGCACCACCACGUUUCUUACAAAGCUGUGUCCGACUGGUGUCGAACUGAUGAGAUUUACUUGCCAUUCAUAUAAGAAUGCCAGCAACUAUGGACUCCCUCAUGUUUCAAGUGUGGUCAUGCCAUGUUUUUAUUAUUUUAUUUGUCAUUCUUGUUAGUUUGGCUAAUUGUAUAGGCUUCAAACAUUGAUUGUACUACUGUAAUUUAUAAACACCUCAUUUUGUUUUUUAGAACAGGUGCCUUGGUUUUCUGGUGCUAAGUUUCAACCUCAAUCCAUAAGAUCAUUUAUGUGACAACAGACAUAAGGGUUUCCUGGUCCUAUUUACACAUAACAAAUGCAGGGUAGGAAAUUAACACUAACAUUUUCAAUUUUAACUUUGGCAGCUAUGUGACAACUCUGCUCAUGAAUUUGGAAAGUAAGCUGGCAAACCAUUUUCAUAAUUGCCAUUUACUUUGGGUUGGGUGAUAUGAAGACACGAGGCAAUUUGUCAACCAGUAGAAAUUGCUAUACCGUAUAAAAGGUUCCUUUAAUAUCUCUGGUUAUAUUAGGCCAGACAACCUAGCUUAUGUUACAAACAGGUACAUUACUGAAGUCCUUUUUUAAUAGCAAUAUUGGAUUUUUAUCACCACAACAAAAUGGAUUAUUACAUACAGUAUAUUGUGACUAACUUUGUCCAAAUCGCCCAACCCUAGUUUGGUUGGCAAUUGUGAAAGGAGCUUGUGAAGUCUACUCCAUGAACCACCGCGACUAGCAGCGGAAAACGUUUAUUUCCUGCCCUGACAACAUUUUGGACUUUCACGUAUCUCCAACAGUUCAUUCAAGGUUCAGCGGGACUGCACUGGAACUUAACGCAUGCUACAGAAUUGGCAUAGUUUUUUUUUUAGCUAAAUGCUUCUUUGUUUUGUCCUUUGUCCACAAUGUCAAUCUUGUUGAAAAUAAGAAAGAUACACCAACAAUGAUAAAUCAUGCAGUAUGUGUUGUGUUUGGCAGAAAAAAAGAUUAACAUCUCAAGGCGUAUACAAUUGCAUUUAUUGUAUAAAGACAAGAAGACAGCUCGGAUAACUGGUCAUCAGAUUUUCAUUUUCUGGUAGAAAAAAAAUGAGUUUGACAACUAGAUUUAACUACUGGACUCAAUGAACAGCAAUCACAAAGGGAUAAAAAAAAAA